AGGGACUGUGUCGUCAAUUUAAUUGAGUCACAUUUCAUUAUCCAUUGUUUUCCGUAGAUCCUUCUGUUAACAUUGAAAUUGGAGAACCGAAAAGAUUUAUUUUCCAAAUUAAUUCGUACAACAUAAGGUUUCAGUGUAAAAAAUGGAUCUAAUUGACGGAGACGAUGUAUGUAAAAAACAAGUAUUAGCCGAAAAAGCAAAAAGAAGAAUGGAAUUAAGGGAAUACUUCCUUAUGCAAAAGUCCUAUCCUUUUAAACACAUGGCGGGUGAGGGAGGCACGGUUUUUGAUCCCGCUAUAAUAAGAUACCACUCAAUGAUAAUGUAUGAAAGAGAUUGGUUUCGCCCUAGCUUCUCUAACAGCUUGAAAGGAAUUUGUUUCUUGGUGUUGCCGAUGUCGUUACUGUAUUACGCUAUUAGAAAAACUAAACUAUAUGAAGAAAGAAAAAUAAGAAGAGGAGAAGUUGCUUAUAAGGAUAGACGAUUUAAAUUUAUAUGAAACCAAGAAUUUGAAGGGAUUAGUUACAUAGCUGAUAACUAAAAAUAUAUUUUAUUUGUUUAUCUUGCUUUAAAUCUUGUAUUAUUUUGAAAACAUGGGAUAUGGCAGAAAUAAUUAUAAACAUCCGCACAUGAAUUGAUAUUUCAAGUACUCCAUUUACUAUCAUAUCUUGCAUGCGAACAAUGCAUCAACUUUCACUUUAAUUGA